AUGGCUUUAUGGUUGAGUCCGAGCAGAGAGACUGAGUCACUCCAGUCCCCUCGCACAGACGCAGACUCGCUGGAAAAACCCAAGCUCAAGUCUGGCGGAUCUGUCGAGAGUCUGAGGAGCUCACUAAGUGGACAGAGCUCAAUGAGUGGUCAGACAGUAAGCACCACAGACUCCUCAGCAAGUAACCGAGAGAGUGUGAAGUCAGAGGAUGGUGAUGACGAGGAGUUGCCUUACAGAGGACCAUUUUGUGGCCGAGCCCUUGUACACACUGACUUUAUCCCCAGUCCCUAUGAUACAGAUUCCCUCAAACUCAAGAGAGGGGAUGUUAUAGACAUAAUCAGUAAGCCUCCAAUGGGUACAUGGAUGGGCCUUCUGAAUAACAAGGUGGGCACCUUUAAGUUCAUCUGUGUAGAUGUGCUGAGUGAGGAAGGUGAAAAGCCCAAGUGCAGCAUCAGGAAGAGAAGGAAGAGUCGGCCUCCCAAACCCACGUCUGUGGAAGAGCGUCUAGAGCGCAUCAACCUCAAAGAGCACAUGCCCACGUUCCUGUUUAAUGUAUAUGAGGAUCUGGAAACUUUUAAAUUGCUGGAGGAGGAGGACCUGGACGAGCUGAACAUCAGAGACCCACAGCACAGAGCAGUGUUGCUGACUGCAGUGGAGCUGUUGCAGGAGUACGACAUCAACAGUGACCUUGAGAAUGUUGGCUCCUCAGUAAACUCACAGGAGAAGCUUCAGCCAGAGAUAUCUGCUCCCUCAAGAGAUUCUCCACAUGACUCUGGUUGCUAUGAGAGCAAUGAGAAUUUGGAGAAUGGUAACAGCCUUCUUCACCUGUGA